GGAGACGCCAUGCCCGCCACUCUCACGGCCCUGCUCUGCCUCGGGCUGAGCGUGAGCCUGAGGACCCCAGUGCAGGCAGGGGCCCUCCUGAAACCCACCCUCUGGGCUGAGCCAGGCCCUGUGAUCCCCUGGGGGAGUCCAGUGACCCUCUGGUGUCAGGGGACUGUCCAGGCCCAGGAGUUCCGCCUGUAUAAAGAGGGAACCUCAUCGUUUUGGGACACACAGAAGCCCUUCGAUCCAGGGUACAAGGCCAAGUUCUCCAUCACAUACAUGGCAGAGAACUAUGCAGGGAGAUAUCGCUGUUACUAUCACAGUCACACUGGCUGGUCAGAAUGCAGUGACCCCCUGGAGCUGGUGGUGAUAGGGUUACACUACAAACCCAGCCUCUCAGCCCUGCCCAGCCCUGUCGUGACCUCAGGAGGGAAUGUGACCCUCCAGUGUGGCUCACAGGAAGGCUUGGACAGGUUCAUUCUCACUAAGGAAGGAGAACGCAGGCUCUCCUGGAUGCUGGACUCACAGCCACACCCCAGUGGGCAGUCCCAGGCCCUGUUCCCUGUGGGCCCCGUGACCCCCAGCCACAGGUGGAGGUUCAGAUGCUAUGGCUGUUACAGGGACAGACCCCAAGUGUGUUCACAGCCCAGUGAUGUCCUGGAGCUCCUGGUGCCAGGAGGCUCAGGGAAGCCCUCUCUCCUGACCCAGCAGGGCCCCAUCGUGGCCACUGGACAGAGCCUGACCCUCCAGUGCCGCUCGGACCUCGGCUAUGACAGGUUCGCUCUGUUCAAGGAGGGGACUCAGGACCCCCCCCAGAGCACUGUCCUGCAGCUCCAGACGGGGCUCUCUCCGGCCGACUUUCCCCUGGACAGUGUGGAUGGCUUCCAUGGGGGCCGGUACAGGUGCUACGGGGGACGCAGCCUCUCGACCGAAUGGUCAGCUCCCAGUGACCCUCUGGACAUCCUGGUGGCAGGAUGGCUCCCUGACAGACCCUCCCUCUCGGUGCAGCCGGGCCCCAUGGUGGCCUCAGGAGAGAAUGUGACCCUUUUGUGUCAGUUAUGGACCAUGAGGGACACUUUCCUUUUGUCGAAGGAGGGGAGAGCUGAUACCCCCCUGCGUCGCAGAUCACAGCCCCAAGCUCAGCAGCACCAGGCAGAGUUCUCCAUGGGGCCUGUGACCUCUGCCCACGGGGGCACCUACAGGUGCUACAGCGUAAGCCACAGCAGCCCCUACCUGCUGUCACAGCCCAGUGACCCCCUGGAGCUCCUGGUCUCAGCCCAGGGUCUGCAGUGGUACUGGAAGGUGCUGAUAGGGGUCUCGGUGGCCCUCGCCCUGCUGGUUGCCUUCCUCCUCUUCCUCUUCCUCCGACACCAGAGUCAGAGCAAAGGCAGGAUGUCGGAUGCUGCCAUGAAGGACCCACAGCCUGGGGAGGGCGUGGAGCUGGACCCUCGGCAGAACAGGCCCCGUGACGACCCCCAGGGUGUGACAUAUGCCCAGGUGAACCGCUCAAGAUCAAGGCUCAGGCAGGGAAUGGCCCCCUCUUCUUCCCCGCUGUCAGAGGAAUUGCUGGACAGGAAGAGCAGAGAAGCAGAAAAGGACAGACAGACAGACAGUCAGGUAAGUCCCACCCUCUCCAGGCCCCAGGCUUCCCCAGCCCCAGCACCGGAGGUGACCUAUGCCCAGUUGACCUACCUGAGCCUCAGACGGGACACCAGUGCACCCCCUUCCCCCCCAUCAGAGCAGCCCCCGGCUGAGCCCAGCGUGUACGCUGCUCUGGCCGUCCACUAG